GUUUGAGUUCUGGGCGUUUGAUGGGUGAGUUUGGACUUUGGGCAUUGAGGUGUCCCUGACUCCUGAGAGAAGCAGAGAAGAAUGGUGCUGGUGUUGGCCUUAGGGGAUCUUCAUAUCCCUGAUAGGGCUCCUGAUUUGCCGCCAAAGUUCAAAUCCAUGCUUGUUCCUGGCAAGAUCCAACACAUCAUUUGCCCUGGGAAUUUGUGUAUCAAAGAGGUUCAUGAUUACUUGAAAACCCUUUGUCCUGACAUGCAUAUUACCCGAGGUGAAUAUGAUGAGGAGACACGUUACCCAGAGACCAAAACACUGACCAUUGGUCAAUUCAAGCUUGGAGUAUGCCAUGGUCAUCAGGUUAUUCCAUGGGGGGACUUGGACUCACUAGCCAUGCUCCAGAGGCAGUUGGAUGUAGACAUCCUUGUGACAGGUCAUACCCAUCGAUUCACAGCUUACAAACAUGAGGGUGGCGUUGUUAUUAACCCGGGUUCUGCCACUGGUGCCUUCAGCAGCAUCACCUAUGAUGUUAAUCCUAGUUUCGUUCUCAUGGACAUCGAUGGUCUGCGUGUUGUCGUCUACGUCUAUGAACUCAUAGAUGGGGAGGUUAAGGUUGACAAGAUUGAUUUUAAGAAAACAGCAGCCACAACUCGCUCUACUCAAUGACAACAAAUCUUUCUUUUGGGUGUUAUGGACUGCCCUUGGGUUUUUUCAGAAUCUGACUAGUCCGGUAUAUGUGAUCUCGUUGUUUUUCCUGUUGGGAGUGGUGGAAGCUUUUGUUUUCAUAGAGAUUGGCCCAGGAAUGAUUUCUAAAGGCCAAUCUCUAGUGUCCUUUUCUAGUUUCAUAGUUAAAGCUGAUAAUUUGAUGGUUCUUUUUCAAGCUGCAAUACCCAAACUGUUUGGAUAUAACUGAACUGGAACAUAGUGUUCAGACUUGAUAUAGAGAUUCAAUACUCUUGAAAAUUGAAAAAUUCUUCUCUCAGGAACUCCAUUCA